AUGUCAGGCUGGCCUGGGGACGAUGAACAAUCGCAGGCCGUUUACGAUGAUGAUUCCCCACAUCUUUAUAUCAACUAUACUGCAGACCCUCUGAUGGGAUUACCAAUCUAUCCUGACCAUCGUCAUGAUCAGGUAGUUCAUCACUCGUUUUUGCUUCACCCUGGUCACAAUGUGGUGGCCGCAGUCCCACAGGCCCAGGGCAGCCACCAUGCACUAGAUAUAGCGCAUCCUGUACCCCGAUAUGGCAUUCCUCCGGUUUUCUACACUGCCUGGUCAAUGUCGCGGUCUCCAGAUCCCCCACUGGCUAUGCACACAGGAGGUGCUUCCAUGCAUCAAAACGUGAGCUACCCUGAGCACGGGUCCAGUCAGCAGCCCGAGAUCACGGUGCCAACGUUAAGCCUAGAACCAUCGAAUAUAUUAUCAUCCCAGUCUAGCGUUACCCUCGAGCCUCCCUCUCAUUAUAAUCUCGACGACAUCACCCAACACGCAAAGAUCAGCUACCAAUGCGGUAAAGUUGGCCCCGCUCGCGCAAUCUUCAAGACCGCUAAACUUGUUGGCAUGGAGCGAGCCCAGCUUGCCAGGGAAAUUCAAGCUGGUGCAUCUUCUGCCACCGCUCAAAGCUCGUCCAAGCAAUCAUCUGAGGCUGACGUGAAGAUCGUCCCCGGAUCGGGCACCAGAAAGCUGUUAGAACGUUUUCAAGUUGGAAUGAGAAAGGCGGCCUUCAAUGAAUCAAUAUUACUCUCGAUCGGUUCCCUUGGUGCAACGGUGGAUUCUUCAUGGCAAGCCAUGGCCAAUGAACUCCAAGGCAAGUCUUUUCCAAAGCUCCAAGACUGGGCCAUGGAGAUGAUGAAGGACAAGAAUUACGUUGAUGAAAAGAUGGGAUCUGUGAUCGAUGAAGUAUCUGAGGAGAUAUGUGGAGUGGCACAGAUUUUCACGUAUCAGUGCUAUGAACUCGACUUUAGCGACAUGGCCGUGUUGGUGAAGAAGUCAGACAUCGACAAACGCGCGAAUCAUAUUCAAGGUCUGCUGAAAGACGACAUAUUCAUUUAUGGUAAACUAUUCUCUGUCGAUGAAGCUGACCUUGGCACCAUCACAUUCACUAGCCCAGCCAUAAUCUGA